UCAUUUCAUUUCAUAUCUUAAGGAUUCAAAGAUACCAAAGGUCGAAGCAUUUAAAGUUUCGGGAAAAAGCUGCAAUAAUUUCCUCUUGAGACAGAUGGCACCUAGCAAGAAAUGGAUGAAUUUUGUGAAUGAUCGAUUGAAUGAAAAAUAUAAAGCUGGCGUGGUUGAAUUUUUGGACUAUGCUUUUUCAAAGAUGGGUGAAGUGUGUGAAAUACAGUGUCCAUGUGUGAAAUAUAAUAAUACUGAUAAAGGAUCUAGAGAAGUGGUUGCAAUGCAUCUGAACGUGUAUGGGAUCAUGCCAAAUUAUAUAUUCUGGUAUCAUCAUGGUGAAAGACGUGGUGAAAUUGAAUCUAGUGAUGAAGAAGUAGAUGAGAAUGAAUCUGAAGAGGAGAUUAAUGAAGUAUUACAAGAUUUUUACCCUGAUUAUUAUGGUUUUGAUGAGAGUGGGAAGGAAACUGGUUCUUCAAGUCGAACUGAGCAGGAGGAUAAACCAAAUGAGGAUGUAGAUGCAUUUUAUCGGUUAUUAAAAGAUGUCAAUCAACCAACUUAUCCAGGUUGUGAGACAUCAAAAUUGUCAGCCCUUGUGAAGUUGUUACAUAUCAAGAGCAUUGGUCGAUGGAGUAAUGAAUCAUUUGAUAUGUUGCUGAAAAUGUUGAAAGAAAUACUCCCAACUGGUUCAACUUUGCCCGAAACAUAUUAUGAUUCAAAGAAGAUAAUUAGAGAUCUAGAGCUUAGUUAUGAAAAAAUAGAUGUUUGUGUUAAUAAUUGUAUGUUGUACUGAAAAGAUGCAAAACAGUUUGAUGUGUGCAGCAUUUGUGGUGUUUCAAGAUGGAAAGAAGAUUGUCGUAAUGGGGAAACUAAAAUUCAAAAGAAUGGAAAAAAGUAUCAACAAAGACAAUGCGGUACUUUCCUUUAAAGCCCAGACUUCAAAGGUUAUUCAUGUCUAGAAAAACUGCUUCAGAUAUGAGAUGGCAUCAUGAAUCAAGGGUGGAUGAUGGAGUAUUGAGACAUCCGGCAGAUUCAUUAGCAUGGAAAUCUUUCGAUGAAACUCACAAGGAAUUUUCUUCAGAGCCUCGCAACGUAAGACUUGGCCUUGCUAGUGAUGGUUUCCAACCGUUUAGUCACUCCCAAAGAUCAUAUAGCAUUUGGCCGGUAAUAUUAAUUCCAUACAACAUGCCUCCAUGGAUAUGCAUGAAAGAAUCAAACUUAAUUCUUUCAAUGCUCAUACCAGGUCCUGAGGGUCCGGGUGAUGCUAUUGAUGUCUACCUUAGGCCCCUUAUAGAAGAGUUAAGAGAAUUAUGGGAAGUAGGUGUUGAUACAUUUGAUGCUUCGACUCAUAAGAACUUUAGACUGCAUGCUUCUUUAUUGUGGACCAUUAACGACUUCCCUGCAUAUGGUAAUCUGUCUGGUUGGAGCACCAAGGGUAAGCUAGCAUGUCCUUGUUGUAAUAAAGAUACUUAUUCUAUGAGGCUAGCAAAAAGCAACAAGCAAUGUUUUAUGGGUCAUCGAUGUUAUCUUCCUACGUAGCACAAAUGGAGGAAAGAUACAAAUUCAUUUGAUGGAACUACAGACAUGAGAUCACCACCAAAGUCGCUUUCUGGAAGUGAUGUGCUUGCUCAAGUACAUGACCUUGAAGGAAUCAUCUUAACUAGAGAUAGAUGUAAGAAGAUGAAAAUAUCACAUAAAAUAAGAGGUGAUAACUGGAAUAAGAAGAGUGUUUUUUUUUCUUAUCUUCCAUACUGGAGUACCCUUCUUCUACGGCACAAUUUAGAUGUUAUGCAUAUAGAGAAGAAUGUAUGUGAUAACAUCAUUGGGACAAUUAUGAGCAUUAAGGGGAAAAGCAAAGAUAAUCUUCAAGCGCGUCUCGAUUUAGAAAUGAUGGAAAUCAGACCAGAUUUGCACCCAGUUCGUAUAGGAGACAAGCUUAAAUUACCUGUGGCAGCAUACACGUUAUCUAAAGAAGAGAAACACUUGUUCUGCUUAUUCUAAAGCAACUGAAAGUUACAGAUGGAUUCUCUUCCAAUAUCUCUCAGUGUGUAAAUAUGAAAGAACAUAAAAUUUUAGGGUUAAAAAGUCAUGAUUGCCAUAUUCUUCUACAGCAACUACUUCCUAUAGGCAUAAGUGGACUUCUUCCAAAAUCAGUAUGUGAACCCUUAAUUGAGUUAUCAUUGUUCUUU